GAGCCGUUGCUCUGGCUCUCGAGGCGGACGGGCCGCGGCCGCGCGACGCCGUCGCCUGCGGCCCCCGAGCCGGCCCGAGGCUGUGGAGCAGGAGCCAACAUGUCCGUGCUGACGCCGCGAGGCAGCGGCCAGCCGGAGAACGGCGAGUCGAGCGUCCGCGAGAGGCCCCGCAGACAGAGGGAGCUGAGCCUUCCGGAGCUCGUGGAGAUGACGCACGUGAUAGGAAAACUCGAGGCCACGGACGACACCAUCCGAGUCGUGGACCACUGCCUCCUCAAGAUCGCGGCCGUCGAGAACAAGCUGCUCGACUGCCUGAGGAAGCACGAGGCCUGUGUGCGGUCGGCCACCCCGAGGGCCAGCGUCGAGGCUCAAGUUUUGUGA